GAUUCAAACUUCUAGUUUCACCUCCAAAUCCAAGAAUUGCUCUGGAUCCACAUUUUAGGGUUACUCUAUAUAAUUCUAUGUCAAUUUCCAUUUCAAUCCAGCUUCUUGAAAGCCUCCAACUAUGAAGGGAUGCUAGCCCAUGAAUGCUUAUUUGAAUCUUCCAUGUGCUUUCUUUUCAAUUUCUGAAUUUCCUAUUCCUACCCGUGUUUCUCCUAAUUUGCUUUGUCCCUGUUUCUCUCUGUACACGACUUUAUUUCCAUGGUGAUUCAUAGAGAGAUGUUUGUUCUUUUCAUUCUUUCCAUGCUGUCUUUUGGUAUUACUACUCAUGGUCAUGGCGGUAAUAAUACUGGUGUUACUUACGAUGCUAGAUCACUUAUCAUUAAUGGUAAAAGAGAGCUUCUGUUCUCUGGUUCCAUUCAUUAUCCAAGAAGUACUCCAGAGAUGUGGCCAGAUAUUCUAGACAAGGCGAGACGUGGAGGUUUGAAUUUGAUUCAGACUUAUGUUUUCUGGAAUAUUCAUGAGCCUGUGGAAGGCCAGUUUAAUUUCGAAGGAAAUUACGAUUUGGUAAAAUUUAUCAAGCUCAUUGCUGAGAAAAAGAUGUAUGUGACUUUAAGGGUUGGACCCUUCAUCCAAGCUGAAUGGAACCAUGGAGGACUUCCAUAUUGGCUCAGAGAGAAACCAAACAUUAUUUUCCGUUCAUAUAACUCCCCAUUCAAGCAUUACAUGAAAAAAUAUGUAACAAUGAUCAUAGACAUGAUGAAGGAAAAUAAACUUUUUGCUUCUCAAGGAGGACCCAUCAUUUUAGCUCAGAUUGAAAAUGAAUAUAACCAUGUUCAACUUGCAUAUGAUGAGCUUGGUGUCCAAUACAUCCAGUGGGCAGCAAAUAUGGCAGUUGGAUUUGGGGUUGGAGUUCCAUGGAUCAUGUGCAAGCAGAAGGAUGCUCCUGAUCCAGUGAUCAACACCUGCAAUGGAAGGCACUGCGGAGAUACUUUUACAGGACCCAACAAACCCUAUAAGCCUGCACUAUGGACUGAGAAUUGGACUGCUCAGUACAGAGUAUUUGGAGAUCCACCUUCACAAAGAUCAGCAGAAGAUAUUGCCUUUUCGGUCGCCCGAUUCUUCUCCAAGAACGGUAGUUUGGUAAACUAUUAUAUGUACUAUGGUGGAACAAACUUCGGUAGAACAAGUGCUGUCUUUACAACAACUAGGUACUAUGAUGAAGCACCACUUGACGAAUUUGGCUUACAAAGGGAACCGAAAUGGGGUCAUCUCAGGGACGUGCACAAGGCAUUGAAUCUGUGCAAGAAACCUCUCCUCUGGGGAACUCCUAGAACCCAGGUGAUGGGCAAUGGUUUAGAGGCUCGCAUUUAUGAGAAGCCAGGAACUAAUAUUUGUGCUGCUUUCUUGGCCAACAAUGACACAAAGAGUGCACAAACUAUUACAUUCAGAGGACGGGAAUAUCUUCUUCCACCUCGAUCAAUUAGCAUACUUCCUGACUGUAAAACUGUUGUCUACAACACUCAGACGAUUGUAUCACAACACAAUGCCAGGAACUUUAUCCCAUCAAAGGUUGCAAGCAAUUUCAAGUGGAAAAUGUCAGCUGAACCCAUUCCAACUGUUCAACAAGUACCAGUAAAUAAUAAGAUACCGUUGGAGCUCUACAGUUUACUUAAGGACACCACAGAUUAUGGAUGGUACACCACUAGCUUCGAGUUGGACAAAGAAGACGUAUCAAAGCGUCCUGAUAUCCUACCAGUGCUACGUAUUGCAAGCCUUGGUCAUGCUAUACUUGUAUUCAUCAAUGGGGAAUACAUGGGAACGGCACAUGGCAGUCACGAGGAGAAAAACUUCGUUUUCCAAAAAUCAGUGCCCUUAAGGGCUGGAAUUAAUAACAUAGCUCUGCUAGGCAUGACAGUGGGACUUCCAGAUAGUGGAGCAUACAUGGAACACAGAUUUGCAGGGCCUCGAUUUAUAACAAUCCUUGGUUUAAAUACCGGAACACUUGAUAUUUCUAAAAAUGGCUGGGGACACCAGGUUGGUCUGAAUGGAGAAAAAGUUAAAGCUUUCACUCAGGGAGGAUCACACCGAGUUGACUGGAGCGAAAUCAAGGAAGAAAAAACUGCUCUCACAUGGUUCAAGACAUAUUUUGAUGCUCCAGAAGGAAAUGACCCUGUGGCUAUUAGAAUGAAUGGAAUGGGGAAGGGACAAAUUUGGGUGAAUGGUAAAAGCAUCGGUCGGUAUUGGAUGUCCUACUUAUCCCCUUUAAAAAUGCCUACUCAAUCAGAGUACCAUAUUCCAAGAACCUUCAUAAAGCCAUCAGAAAAUCUACUGGUAAUAUUGGAAGAAGAGGAUCACACACCUGAAAAGGUUGAAAUAGUUCUCGUGAACAGAGACACAAUCUGCAGCUUCAUUACCCAAUAUCAUCCACCAAAUGUCAAGUCCUGGGAAAGGAAAGACAAGCAAUUCAGAGCUGUAGUAGAUGAUGUGAAAACAAGUGCCCACCUCCGGUGUCCCCACGACAAAAAGAUCGCCUCCAUUGAAUUUGCAAGCUUCGGUGAUCCUUCUGGUGUUUGUGGAAACUAUCAACAUGGAAAAUUCCACUCAUCGUCCGAUACACAAAAACUCGUUGAACAGCAUUGUUUGGGUAAAGAAAACUGUUCAGUGCCAAUGGAUGCAUUCAACAACUUCAAGAAUGAAUGUGAUGAGAAGACACUAGCAAUACAAGCAAAAUGCAAUGCUUAGAAUUUGAAUGGACAAAUAUUUUCAAAGAAAGAAGGAAAAGAUCUGGAGAGGCUAGUCUACACAUUCUGUUUGCUACUAACAACAUGUUUCAUAAAUCACAUCCCCUUCAGAGUUGGGGUUUCUUGAAGCUCAAAGUUUUACUUCUUUCUUUCUUUCUUUCUUUCUUUCUUCUUCUUCUUUUCUUCUUCUCCUCUUUUUGUCUCUCCCCACAUACACACACACCUUUUUUCCAUCCCCUUUGGUCAUUUGUUAUUUAAUGAGUUGAGAUUGAGAGGUAACAAAAAAGAAAAAGUUUUAUUUAACUUUUAUUUUCAUUAAUAUAA